UCCAUGGAGAACGGGGCCAUGGCUGCUGCUGGAACUCAGAAGACAGACCCUGCUAUUGAGCCCAGGUUCACAGUGGUGGAUUGGGACAAGGACCUAGUAGACUGGCAGAAGCCUCUUCUGUGGCAAGUGGGCAGCUUGGGAGAGAAGUAUGAUGAAUGGGUCCACCAGCCAGUGACCAGGCCCAUCCGUCUCUUCCAUUCAGACCUCAUCGAGGCCUUGUCCAAGACUGUCUGGUACAGUGUCCCCAUCGUUUGGGUGCCUCUGAUGCUGUAUCUCAGCUGGGUCUAUUAUGGAACCCUCGCCCAGGGCAAUGUCCGACUCUUCACAUCAUUCACAACAGAGUACUCAGUUGCCGUCCCUAAGUCCGUGUUCCCUGGCCUCUUCGUGCUGGGGAUAGUGCUCUGGAGCCUCGUGGAGUACCUCAUCCACCGCUUUCUGUUCCACAUGAAGCCCCCCAGCCACAGCUAUUACCUCAUCAUGCUGCACUUCGUCAUGCAUGGCCAGCACCACAAGGCACCCUUUGAUGGCUCCCGCCUGGUCUUCCCCCCUCUGCCAGCCUCUCUGGUGAUCGCCUUCUUCUACGUACUCCUGCGGCUCAUCCUGCCUGAGGCUGUGGCGGGCACUGUGUUUGCGGGGGGCCUCCUAGGUUAUGUCAUCUACGACAUGAUCCAUUACUACCUACACUUCGGCUCACCACACAAGGGCUCCUACCUGUACAGCAUGAAGGCCUACCACGUGAAACAUCACUUUGAACACCAGAGGUCAGGAUUUGGCAUUAGUAGUAAGUUGUGGGAUUACUGUUUCCACACGCUCAUGCCAGAGGAACGCCACCUGAAGACACAGUGACAGCCCCCAGCCCCUCCCCACUGCCUUCGGUCCAGCCCUGGCUCCUGAGUCUGUGAUCUGCCAUCCCUGCUACCUUCCAUCCAAGCCUGGAUAAGUAGGAUGGGCUUUGUCCCGUCCUGGGACUUGGAGGCGGGGACUAAGGAGACCUGUGGCAGGAUGGCCUGUUAGGGCUGUGGGAAGAUCAUAUUGCCUUAAGGCCAGGGAACCCUUAGGGACGGGCUUCUUCCCAGAGCAUCCUGAUCCUGGCCACUGGCAUCCCUACCUAAGCCUUAGUCUACAGGACUGCUUCAGCGCCCAGCUAAUGGCCCCUAGGGGUAUGAAGGAAACAGACCCCCCCAACCUGUGCCUUAGCACCUGGAGCUCCCUGGAGCCGCCCCAGGUAGAGGGGUGAAGGAUGUGCAGAGCCUGCUGCCCAUCUUUCCCUCCUAGCCUUCCCAGAGAGGGGCUGGUGACUGGAGGUGAAUGAACAGCUCUCACAGAUGAGACAGCAUGAUACCUCUCACCCGCCCCGCUCACAGACCUCUGCUCCCUGCCAGCCACAGAGGCCAGCUGUACUUCCAGCUGUGCUCAGCAGCAAUACUGGCACUUUACCUAGCCAGCCCUCACUGGCCUGGGACAGACAGCCUGAGGGUGGCUGGCCUAGUCUACAAGGCCGGUGGAGACCCUGGCUCUUCUUUUUGGGAAUCACCCGCUGCUCUGCCCAUCUUUUCUCUGUCCCAGAAUCACAAACUUCUCCUGUAAGGGAAGCUGAAAAGGCUUCUCCAUCGGUGGGAGUCCCAGUGUAGUUCCCCACGGUGUUUGGCCUCCAUCUGGAGGGCCACAGGUGGGUCUCCACCCACACUCAGCACCCUCCUGAAGCCAAGAAGGGCCCUUCAUGAAGUGCCUUAACUCCCUCCACCCUCCUGCGCUGCGAGGGUCUUAAUUCUAAAUGGCGUCUAUGUCCUUAGUCUGACCACAGAUCAAAUAGCUGCUCCAACGGCCCUUCCUAAUCCCAUAUGGUGAGUCUAUGUAAAAGAAAAACAAUGACAACAGCAAGAAGUCAGCUGUUUUGGUUUUGUCCCUUUCUUACCCACAAACCAUUACUACUUGAAACUUGUCAAAAGCUCAAUGGGUGUAAAGGCUUAACGUGUGAUGGAUCCUGUGAUUUGUACUGUUUACUGCGAGGCUAUUUAAAAGAUUUUUGAAUAAUUAUUCAAAACUACAAUUGUGAA